AUGGCUUUCACUGACGAAGAUAAUGCCGCGAGCUUCCCGAUUUCCGGAAGUGGGCUCGGGUUUACCCCAGACGGCGAAGCAUUAAAAUUCGAUGCACAUUCAUCUGCCGAUGCCUUGCCAGCUGGCGCAGGAUCUGCCAGCGAUACCGCUAACGACGACGUGGAGAUGAGCGAUGAGAAUGCUUCUGCAGUCCACUCCGACGCGGAUAUGAGCGACGAGGACCCCUCUGCAGUCCACUCAGACAACGACUAUUGCGAAUGCAGAGAUUGUGAUAAGGGAGCGGCUGGCCACGGAUUCCAGACCGGCGACUACCAUGCGACCAAUUGCUGGGACAAGGAUUGCGAACAGUGUCAGACUCGUCGCCCCGGCGUCCAGCGCUGGCAUGCGGACAGCCGACCGGAUUGUAAGGACACUUUCGUUGAGGAUGACUCCCACAUGGUGGAGACGUACGUCGACGGCUUCAAUCGCGUCGGCAUGAUGCCUAAUCGCGAGCUCGUCAACCUGAUGAAAUCUAGUGCGAAAUCGGGCCGCAGGUUUCGCGACCUGAAGAACGAGCUUAGUCCGGAGAUGGAUGAGGCUCGGAAGCAAAUGAACAUUGGCCUAGAUUCCAUAACAGAUCUCAAGGAGAGGAUUCAGGUGAUGGACCAGGGCAUUCGAGAGCCUAAAGAAGGAGACAAGGAAGAUGACCUGGCAUCCAUGAGGAAAGUACGCCGCAACUUGCGCUUGCAAUACAUUGACGCCCGCGAUGUCUAUGGUGAGCAGCGCGAUAUGCUGGAGCGUAUGAUCGAGGCUCUGAAGAGCGAAGAGCGGAUGUGGAUGAGUACCAUGCGCAGAUUGAGUCACAAGCAAGACGCCCUUCUCACUGCUAGCGGCCUGCUGGAUGACGACGUUGGCGAGCCAGAAUGGACAGACGAGCAAUACGAGAUCGAAAGCGUGGGUGAAGUACCCGAGAUCCUGGAGCUUGAAGAGGAAGUGGAGGAGAUUGAUGAAGCUUUCCAACUGUUCGUGCAACAGCAGGCUGACGCGGCUCAGCCGACACAACCGCCCACCGAGGUGGAAACAGGCGCUCAGGUCGAGCGCAAAGAGCAAAACGAGUCCCUCGAAAGGGCCAUCGAUGUCGCGCGCGAGGCCAACGAAGCUCACCGCGACAACUACAAGAUUCUCCUCGCGCGACAUGUCGCCGAGCAGACUCAAGCCGGGCGCACCGCAACUGAUCACGAGUACGCCGACGAGUUCACAUACAUAUACCUGACAGAGGGUGAGAGGCUCUCGAUCAUCUUGCGCGAUGCAGAACAAGCUCUCAUCGAGUUUGAGACGAGGUUCUGGGCUGUAGUGCCAUCGGGAGAGAUGUCCAAGAGGCAUGAGAAGGAUAUCAGGGCCGAAGGUUUUGAUUCAUCCAGGACGCUCGAUAGAGCAAGAAUCGACGGGUGGAAAGAGGAUGUCCCCCGGGAGGGGGGUGACUGGGCAGAGACUAUUGUCGAUGAACCAGAGAUUAUCGAAGACAAAAUGGCAGUCGUCGACGAAUGCGCUCUCGAUGUCGUCGAUGAGCCCGAGCCAUCUCCAAAGAAGCGCUCACGCAAGCGCGGAGCCGAUACCGUCCUCGAGUCCAGCGGGGCCAAAAAGCGCCGUCAUAACGAAGAUGGCGAGGCCUCUGCAGCGCCAGUCACCCGCAUUCAUCAGCACAAGUACAACCUUCGAGCGCGAAAGGGCCCAGAUCCGGCUUUGGUACCGAAGAAGCGGGUGUCUCGGAAGGCAAAGGGCAAGGACCCCAGAAAAGCUGCAGCUAAGGGCAAACAGCCUAUGGUUGAAGACGACGAUGAGGUCGACGCCGCGAAAGCCCAAGUGGCGAAGAAGAGCAAAGGCAAGGGCAAACAGCCCAUGAUCGAGGAAGACAAUGAGGACGACGCACCGAUAGCGCAGAAGGCCAAAUUAAAGGGCAAGCAGCCACUCAUCCAAGACAGCGACGACGAAGACGACGCAGCUGGCCCUUCAGCCGCAAAGAAGCAGCACACAGUCAAGCGCGUCCGCUCCCCGUCCCCACCGGCAUCUGCCUCCAACAAGAUCAAGAACAAGAAUAGGUCCGCCGAGCUCGCCGAAAUCCCUCUCUUCGCACCUACCGCCAUCUCCCGCCCCCUCGACAUCGGCGCCCAGUUGGCUGCCGGCAACACGAUCUGUGAGGCGGAGGACUAUGGCCGCUUUCGGUUGCACCUUUGGAGGAAGAAGAAUGGGUUUGAGGAGUUGUGA